AAGAAGCUCCUUCGGGUGCAGGAACAAACAGAAGAAGAAGAGAGGGUUCACAGGGAGGAGGAGGAAGAGGAGGAAGAAAGAUUUAGAAAACAAAAACAACAAGACGAGGAGAGACUCUACAGAGAACAGCAGGAAGAAGAGGAAAGGCUCCGCAGAGAGCAUCAAGAAGAAAAACUCCGCCGAGAACAGCGUGAGGAAGAUGAAAAACAACGGAGAAUGCAGCUGCACGAAGAAGAAGAAAGACUGUACAGGAAGUACCAUGAAGAAAUGCUUUUCAGGGAACAGAAUGAUGAUGAGAGAUACCACAGAGAGCUCCAACUACUGCAUGAAGCAAGAGUCUGCAAGGAGAAGCAGCUUGAGGAAGAGAGGCUUUGCAGGGAAAGACAAGAACUUUUUUUUUCGGAGAAAGAACAAGUAGAAGACAGUCUACAUAGAGAGCAACAAAGACAUUACAAGGAUCAAUUGGAAGAGAGGCUCCACAGAGAGAAGUACAUCCAUAAGGAAGCUUUCCCAUCAUAUGCAGAAUCUGAUAUCCAAGCUAAAAAGCAACACCUUGAAUAUGAGACAGAUGAAUUAUAUGACACACUCCCUGUCAAUCCCCCAGCUUGGGGUGCUCCCCCUCUCAGCCCUUCCAGACCCAAAAGCCCUUGGGGCAAGCUUGACCCUUAUGAGCCAUUUGAGGACGACAAAGAAUAUGUGGGAUUUGCCACCCUUCCUAACCAAGUACAUAGAAAAUAUGUAAAGAAAGGCUUUGAAUUCACACUGAUGGUUGCAGGGGAAUCUGGACUUGGAAAGUCUACUCUAAUUAACAGUCUGUUCCUUAUGGAUCUGUACCAAGGCCGACAGCUGCCAAGCCCAGAAGAAUGCGUCACACAGACAGUGGAGAUAGUUAAGCAGACUGUGGAUAUUCAGGAGAAAGGGGUCCGACUGCGACUAACAGUGAUAGACACGCCGGGGUAUGGGGAAGCCAUUAACAAUGAGCAUUGCUGGAAGCCCAUAGCUGACUAUAUUGAUCAACAAUUUGAACAGUACUUCCGAGAUGAGAGUGGCUUAAACCGGAGAAACCUCCAAGACACACGAGUUCACUGCUGUCUUUACUUUCUGUCUCCUCUAGGACAUGGGAUGCGCCCUUUGGACAUAGAGGUUCUUCGUGCACUUCAGGACAGAGUAAAUAUUGUUCCUAUCCUGGGGAAAGCUGAUAGUCUGACACCUCGAGAGCUACAGCAAAAGAAGCAGAGGAUUCGCGAGGAGCUGGAUCAUUUUGGAAUUCGUAUCUAUCAGUUUCCAGAAUGUGACUCUGACCAAGAUGAAGACUUUAAGCAACAGGAUAUGGAGCUGAAGAGGAGCAUUCCGUUUGCUGUGAUUGGCUCUAAUACUGUUGUGGAGAGUAAUGGGAAGCGUGUGAGAGGCCGGCAGUAUCCCUGGGGUGUUGUAGAAGUUGAGAAUGAACAACACUGUGAUUUUGUCAAACUGCGCACUAUGCUGAUCCGCACUCAUAUGCAAGACCUGAAGGAUGUGACACGGGAGACCCACUAUGAGAACUACCGAGCCCAGUGCAUACAGAGUCUGACUCAACGUGUAGUGAGGGAGAGGAAUCGCAAUAAGCUGACCCGAGAGAGUGGCACAGACUUCCCUAUUCCCAGUGUUCCUCCAUCACCAGACCAUGACACCCAAAGACUCAUCCGAGAAAAAGAUGAGGAGCUGCGGCGCAUGCAGGAAGUUCUACAAAAUAUGCAGAGACAGAUGAAGGACUCACAUUAA